AUGUCGAGUAGUGUUAAGAACUUUUCAGUUGGAUACAAUCCCAUAAACAAAAGCAAUACUUUCAGCCCUGGCGAUUUUCUUACAGGACAAAUUACAGUUGAAUUAACCGAUGAGUGCAAAAUACAGUCACUCUGUGUAAAGCUGAAGGGAAAAGCAGAAGUCUCAUGGACUGAAAAUUAUGGAAAAACAGUCGUAACAUACCACAGCAAAGACAAGUUCUUCAGCAUCAAGCAUUUUAUCAUUCAGGAAUCCCAGGGCAAUAAUGUUAUUCCCCAAGGCUGCCAUGUCUACCCAUUCAGCUUUCAGAUUCCAGCACAAGACUUGCCAUCCUCCUUCAAAGGCUCAUGGGGAAAGAUUUUGUACAGAGUGGAGGCAAAUCUGAGCCGGUCGAUGAGAACAGACAGCAAAGCAAAGGCAGAGUUCACCCUCAUCCAAAAAGGAAACACUGAUCCAGUGCUGAUGACUCCACAGCACAAUAUGAUUGAUAAGAAGAUGAAGCUCUUCACGUCAGGAUCAGUGGCCAUGGACGUGAGCAUUCCAAAAACAGGCUUCUGCCAAGGUGAAGGCAUAAAAGUUGUGGCUUCAAUUCAGAACAAAUCAUAUCGUGAUAUUAAGCCCAAGUACUGCCUGUACAGAAAGUACAGCUACUUUGCAAAAGGGAAAAGGAGAGUUGAAACGAAAGACAUCCUGAAAGAGGAAGGUGAAGAAAUCCCAAGUUCUGCAGGUCAGACUGUCACCAAGAUCAUCGUCAUCCCAUCCGCGGAGACUGUGUCAGUCUUAAACUGCAGCAUCAUCAAAGCUGAGUACAGGCUUCGGGUUUAUCUGGAUGUGAAGUAUGCUUCAGACCCAGAGAUCAAGUUCCCCAUAAUUAUCCUGCCGGCUUCAGAGGGGUUUUAUGAGGAGCAGCCAUCUGACUAUUUAACCAAUGGAUUUGAAGCAUUUCCAAAUGCUGGCAUGUUAGGAGGAAUGAGCUUCCAACAAAAUCCAGCUGCCCCCGAAGCUUCUGCUCCACCACCUUCCUAUGGGACAUAUGGGCUGUACCCCUCCUUGACAGGUUUAGAUAGAAAGCCAAUAUGA